AUGUCGAAUAAGGUAGUUCUUAUACCGGUGGGAUCUUCGAACCGGAGACAACCGCUUCUACAACAGAACAAAAGUUCGUUGAAAGCGGGGACGCGUCUCGGCGAAGCAGUCGGUGGAACCGCCGCCGUGUGUUGCUGCUGCCCAUGUGCGCUGGCGAAUAUCGUUUACCUAGCGAUCUAUAAAGUUCCGGCGAGUCUUUGUCAUAAAGCGUUGAAGAAGAGUAGGCAGCGUCGUCGUCGCCGUCUUCAGUCGUCAUCCGGGGAAGGGAUGUUGCCGCCGAAGCCGAUGCAACGUUGCACGUGUGGAUGUUGUGAUGACUUUGGUGUUCGGGUGCAUCCCACGUGUAGUGACGACGAUGAUGAUGUGGAUGUGAAAAGUGAAAGUUUGGGGGUGGAGGAAGAAGAUAAAGAGGCGGUGGAAUUGGAGAAAGAGAUGUGGGAAACGUUUUAUGGAACUGGAUUUUGGAGAAGCUCUUCUCAGAGGAAUAAAGAUUCAUCAUCUUUUUCACCUUCUCAAUCUCAAAGGGUGUUUUUUACUGCUUCUGCGCCUAAUCUUCAGGUUCCUACCUAA